CCGCCGCCGCGUGGAUCCUCCUCUCGUCGUCGGUAAGGAGGCGCUAGCUUGCUCGGUGAGGAGGGGGAUGGAGGAGGUGGAGAACACGAGCAAGCGGAAGGCGCCGGAGGCGGGAGGCGCGGAGAGCGAGCCCGCUUCCGCCGGAGCCGCCACGGAGGAGCCACCGCCGGCCGACGGCGCGGCCGCCAAGCGCCGGAGCCUCGCCCGGUCGUGCAUCCACGAGGUGGCCGUGCCCAAGGGCUACGCGUCGUCCAAGGAGGAGGCCGUGCACGGGACGCUCUCGAGCCCGGCCUUCCACGGGGAGAUGGCCAAGGCCUACCCGUUCCAGCUCGACCCCUUCCAGAGCGUCUCCAUCGCCUGCCUGGAGCGGAACGAGUCCGUCCUCGUCUCCGCCCACACCUCCGCCGGGAAGACGGCCAUCGCGGAGUACGCCAUCGCCAUGUCGUUCAGGGACAAGCAGAGGGUCAUCUACACCUCCCCUCUCAAGGCUCUCAGCAACCAGAAGUACAGGGAGCUCAGCCAGGAGUUCUCCGAUGUCGGCUUGAUGACCGGCGAUGUCACGCUCCAGCCCAACGCCACUUGCCUGGUCAUGACCACGGAGAUCCUCAGGGCAAUGCUCUACAGGGGCUCCGAGGUGAUCAAGGAGGUUGCUUGGGUCAUCUUCGAUGAGAUUCACUACAUGAAGGAUCGCGAGCGCGGAGUCGUGUGGGAGGAGAGUAUCAUUUUCCUGCCUCCUGCCAUCAAGAUGGUCUUCCUUUCUGCUACCAUGUCCAAUGCAACCGAGUUUGCCGAGUGGAUAUGCAAUCUGCACAAGCAGCCUUGUCAUGUGGUGUAUACUGACUUCAGGCCGACACCGUUGCAGCACUAUGUGUUCCCAAUCGGUGGCUCCGGUCUCUACCUCGUAGUAGACGAAAACAGCCAAUUCAGAGAGGAUAAUUUUGUCAAGCUGCAAGACACGUUUACAAAGCAAAGUAGCCUAAUGGAUGGAAGGAAGGGUGGUGGACCUAAAGCCAGUGGUCGAAUUGCAAAAGGCGGAAGUGCCUCUGGAAAUUCUGACAUAUACAGAAUCGUCAAGAUGGUUAUGGAACGGAAGUUUCAGCCAGUCAUAAUUUUCAGCUUUAGUAGAAGAGAAUGUGAGCACCAUGCCAUGUCAAUGUCAAAACUCGACUUCAACACUGAUGAGGAAAAAGAGAGCAUCGAACAGGUUUUCAGUAGUGCUAUUCUAUGUUUAAGUGAGGAAGAUAGAAGUUUGCCUGCUAUAGAGUUGAUAUUGCCUCUUCUGAAACGAGGUAUUGCAGUACACCAUUCUGGAUUACUUCCAAUAAUUAAGGAGCUGGUGGAAUUGCUCUUCCAAGAAGGCCUUGUGAAAGCUCUCUUUGCUACUGAAACAUUUGCCAUGGGACUGAAUAUGCCUGCAAAAACAGUUGUGUUCACAUCUGUCAAAAAAUGGGAUGGUGAUACUAACCGCUAUAUCGCUUCUGGAGAAUAUAUACAGAUGAGUGGAAGAGCUGGUCGGCGUGGCAAGGAUGAACGUGGUAUUUGUGUUAUAAUGAUAGAUGAGAAAAUGGAAAUGAGUGUUAUAAAGGACAUGGUGUUAGGUAAACCAGCACCUCUCGUUAGUACUUUCCGGCUGAGCUAUUACACUAUUCUCAAUUUAAUGAGUCGUGUGGAGGGCCAGUUUACUGCUGAGCAUGUGAUCAGAAAUUCAUUCCAUCAAUUUCAAUAUGAGAAGGCACUGCCUGAAAUGGUUCAGAAGAUUACAAGGUUGGAAAAUGAAGAUACCUUGCUUGAUUCGUCUGGAGGAGAGACUGAUCUUGCAGAGUAUCACAAAUUGGAGCUUGGUAUAUCAGAACUUGAAAAGAAAAUCAUGUCUGAGAUAAUUAGACCAGAGAGGGCUUUGUUAUACUUGGUUCCCGGAAGGCUGGUUAAAGUGAGAGAUGGUUCGACAGACUGGGGAUGGGGUGUGGUUGUAAAUGUGGUUAAGAAACCUCCACAAUCGGGUACUCUCCCUCCUGCACUAAGUGCAUCUCGCGGUAAUAACUAUAUAGUGGAUACGUUGCUUCACUGCUCUUCUAGUUCAAACGAGAAUGGAUCACGUUCGAAGCCAUGCCCACCGCGCCAAGGGGAGAAGGGAGAAAUGCAUGUGGUUCCUGUACCGUUACCUUUAUUAUCUGGUCUAAGCAGUGUUCGAAUCAACAUUCCUCCUGAUCUACGACCAUCUGAAGCAAGGCAAAAUAUACUUUUUGCGGUGCAAGAACUGGGAAAGCGCUACACCCAAGGUCUUCCGAAGCUAGAUCCAAUCAAAGACAUGGGUAUUCAAGAACCUGAGUUGGUGGACUUGGUUAAUAAACUUGAUGAUCUUGAGCAGAAACGAUGUUCUCAUCCACUUCAUAAGUCUGGUCAAAGUGAGCAGCAACUGUCAUGGUAUCAAAGAAAAGCUGAGCUGAAUCAUGAAAUUCAACUGCUAAAGUCAAAGAUGCGGGAUUCACAGCUACAAAAAUUUAGAGAUGAACUUAAGAAUCGGUCGCGCGUUCUGAAGAUGCUUGGUCAUAUUGACGCUGAUGGUGUGCUCCAGUUGAAAGGGCGUGCUGCCUGUUUAAUAGAUACAGGGGAUGAGCUGCUUAUCACUGAACUUAUGUUUAACGGUACAUUUAAUGAUCUUGAUCAUCAUCAAAUUGCUUCCCUUGCUAGCUGCUUUGUACCUUGUGAGAAGUCUAGUGAGCAAAUACGCCUGAGAAGUGAGCUUUCUAAGCCAAUGAUGCAGCUACAGGAGGCUGCGAGAAAAAUAGCUGAGGUACAAAGAGAAUGCAAAUUAGAUGUAAAUGUUGAAGAAUAUGUUGAAUCAACUUGUAGACCCUACCUGAUGGAUGUCAUAUACUGUUGGUCAAAGGGGGCCACUUUUGGAGAGGUGAUAGAAAUGACCGACAUUUUUGAAGGAAGCAUCAUACGGCUUGCUAGAAGACUGGAUGAAUUUCUGAAUCAGUUGAAAGCUGCUGCUCAAGCUGUUGGUGAGGCCAACCUCGAGGAGAAGUUUGGUUCGGCCAGCGACAGCUUACGUCGGGGUAUCAUGUUUGCAAACUCAUUAUAUCUGUGAAGUUCCAGGAGUUGUACCGCCUUAUGUUAGCAAGCAAAUGUAGUUUAUUUUCUUGAGAAAAAGGAAUGAAUUGUAGCCCAUGUCGGUAGGACCACUGUAGGUUGUAGGACACAUAUGUAUGGUUCUUUGCCUUAGCAGCAUGUAAGGCCACAAUGGUUUCAUCAGAAUAUCAGAAGCCAUCUGGUACACCAAAAGGUAUUUCUUGAUGUAUCAUGUAUACGUGAGAGUAGUGAAACAUUGCUGUAAGCAAUCGAAGUGGUGCAGAAGCUUUAGUGACAUUGAUGGUUGAUACAUGAUGUGCUCAUGAGAUUUUGUUUACAUACGAACAGAUUAAGCAGAGAUUUUUACUUAAUU